GGCAAGGAGCGCGGCGAGCCGGGGACAUGUCCGCCCCGUUCGGCAGCCUCGUGCGGUACCUGUUGCCAGCCCUGCUGCUGCACGGGCUGGGAGAAGGUUCGGCUCUUUUUCACCCGGACAGCAGGUCCCACCCUCGCUCCUUGGAGAAGAGUGCCUGGAGGACUUUCAAGGAGUCACAGUGCCAUCAUAUGCUGAAACACCUUCAUAAUGGAGCCCGGAUCACUGUACAGAUGCCUCCCAAUAUUGAGGGCCACUGGGUCUCUACUGGCUGUGAAGUUAGAGCAGGCCCAGAGUUCAUCACAAGAUCUUACAGGUUCGACAACACCUCAGCAUUCAAGGCUUAUCAGUUCUAUUACGGUGGCAAUCGCUGCACAAACCCCAUCUACACCUUGGUCAUCCGUGGCAAAAUCCGUCUCCGGCAGGCGUCCUGGAUCAUCCGGGGCGGCACCGAGGCCGACUACCAGCUCCGCAGCGUACAGAUCAUCUGCCACAACGAGGCAGUGGCCAAAAGAUUAGGUGAGCUGGUGAACCAGACGUGCCCUGGAUUUAUCCCAGAAGGCAGUCCCUGGAAGCAGGGUGUGAGCUAUGAUUUACUGAGAGAAGAGAACGGCUGUGAAUGCACCAAAGCUCUGAAUUUUGCCAUGCACGAACUGCAGCUGAUCCGUGUGGAGAAGCAGUACCUGCACCACAAUUUAGACCACCUUGUGGAGGAGCUAUUCCUUGGAGACAUUCACACUGAUGCUACUGAAAGGAGGUACCAUCGGCCCUCGAGUUACCAACCUCCUCUUCAAAAUGCCAAGAACCACGACCACUUGUGCAUCACGUGCAGAAUCAUCUUCCGCUCAGAUGAGCACCACCCGCCCAUCCUGCCCCCCAAGGAAGACCUGACCAUCGGGCUGCACGGAGAGUGGGUGAGCCAGCGCUGUGAGGUGCGGCCAGAGGUGCUCUUCCUGACUCGCCACUUCAUCUUCCAUGACAACAACAACACCUGGGAGGGCCACUACUACCACUACUCUGACCCUGUCUGCAAGCACCCCACCUUCACCAUCUACGCCAGGGGACGCUACAGCCGGGGAGUCCAUUCGUCCAAAGUCAUGGGUGGCACGGAGUUUGUGUUCAAAGUAAAUCACAUGAAGGUCACUCCCAUGGAUACAUCCACAGCCUCACUGCUCAAUGUGUUCAAUGGGAAUGAGUGUGGAGCACAGGGAUCCUGGCAGGUCGGGGUUCAGCAGGACGUCACCCACACGAACGGCUGCAUCGCGCUCGGCAUCCGCCUGCCUCACACCGAGUACGAGAUCUUCAAGAUGGAGCAGGAUGCCAAGGGCAGGUACCUGCUGUACAAUGGCCAGAGGCCGAGCGACGGCUCCAGCCCCGACCGACCCGAGAAAAGAGCCACUUCCUACCAGAUGCCUUUAAUUCAGUGCGCCUCUUCAGUACCCAGAUCUGAAGAGUCACCAGAGGAGAAUAAGAUCAGGCUCUAUAGCAGCAGGGCACCGGAAAAAUAUCCCAGCACCCCAGCUCUUGCUUUGUUGUUUAUUUGUACUGUGUCAUAUUGGGACAUUCUCAGCUAGAAGCGAGGAAAACUUAUUUUUCAUGACUACAAAGCCAGGAUUCCACCAGACUGGGGGUUGUUUUUCUUCAGACAGAAAAGGACAUUUAUUUUCUUGAUGCACUUGAAUGCCUGAGAACUGUUGUUCUUUUCCUUACUUCCCUCUUCCUCCUUGAAUCCCGAACGGCACUCGUUUGAUGUUUGUGCUUUGAACUUCAUCCAGUCUGAUCCCUGGCCUGACACGACUGCACAAAAGUAAUUGCACUUUAGGACUGCAGACUUCUGGGGGGGAGGGA